AUGAGCUGGCUCAACAAGCUUUAUGGUAGUGCCAAUUCAGCUUUUUCUGCCAAUCUUCGCAAAUCGACCCUCUGCAAACUGGAUGCAAAACUCGUGGACCUGGCCUGCAAUGAAAUGGACCCCAGGAAUAGUGGUUUCCUGCUCUGGGACAAGUUCAUGAAGAAGCUGACUCACCAUGUUUCGAUCCAAACAAAACUGAGAAUGGUACAGGUUUCCUUUUGUUCCAGGGACCAGGGCUGGUCAGAAGUGCGGAUGCGCCACCAGAACAAUGUGCUUCUCUGGCAUGAGGCCCCGACUUUCUAUGGGCCUCAGUCUACCGACUCCAACACUGCCCACUAUUUCCCCACGGAUCUUCUCAUGGACAAGGCACUUCUCUCAGGGCGAGAACUUCCUCAG